GGCGCUGUAUCGCUUCCUGCUCAGCACUGGAAGCAGGAGGAAGAGGAAGAGGGCGCAUAUUGACAGAGCGAGGCGGGGGUACCAUGGACAGGUAACAGACUCCAGAGUUCAGUUUGUGGAGAACGUUGUGGGCAGCAAAAUGACGGAGUGCUUUCUCCCUCCCACCAGCAGCCCAAGUGAGCAUCGGCGGGCUGAGCAUGGUGGGGUCCUUGCACGCACCCCCAGCUCCGAGGAGAUAAGCCCUACCAAAUUCCCAGGACUCUACCGCACUGGGGAGCCAUCUCCUCCUCAUGAUAUCCUUCACGAACCCCCCGAUAUAGUAUCUGAUGAUGAGAAGGACCAUGGCAAAAAGAAAGGAAAGUUUAAGAAAAAGGAGAAGAGAACUGAAGGAUAUGCUGCCUUCCAGGAGGACAGUUCUGGCGAUGAAGCUGAAAGCCCGUCCAAAAUGAAGAGGUCCAAGGGAAUCCACGUGUUUAAGAAGCCUAGUUUUUCCAAGAAGAAGGAGAAAGACUUCAAAAUCAAAGAGAAACCAAAAGAAGAAAAGCACAAGGAAGACAAGCACAAGGAAAAGAAGUCAAAGGACCUGACUGCUGCAGAUGUUGUCAAACAAUGGAAGGAAAAGAAGAAAAAAAAGAAACCCACUCCUGAGCCGGAGCUUCCACCAGUGGAUGUCCCCAAGCUGAGGCCGGUGUUUGGUAUCCCUCUGGCUGCUGCUGCGGAAAGGACCAUGAUGAGUGAUGGGAUUCGACUCCCCGCUGUGUUCAGAGAAUGUAUUGACUACAUAGAGUACCAUGGGAUGAAGUGUGAAGGCAUCUACAGGGUGUCAGGAAUAAAGUCAAAGGUGGACGAGUUGAAAGCAUCAUAUGACCGUGAGGAGUCUCCAAACCUCGACGACUAUGAACCUUACACAGUUGCCAGUCUACUGAAGCAAUACUUACGAGAGCUGCCAGAGAAUGUCCUUACCAAAGAUCUGAUGCCACGAUUUGAAGAGGCCUGCGGCAAGAGCACGGAAGCAGAAAGGCUUGCGGAGUGUCAGCGCCUCAUGAAGGAGCUGCCAGAAUGCAACUUCAACCUGAUCUCCUGGCUAAUAGUACACAUGGACCAUGUUAUUGAGAAAGAACUUGAAACCAAAAUGAAUAUCCAGAAUAUUUCUAUUGUUCUCAGCCCUACCGUACAGAUCAGUAACCGUGUCCUGUAUGUGUUCUUUACGCACGUCCAAGAGCUCUUUGGAGGUGUCCUCAUAAAAAGAGUUAUAAAACCUCUGCGCUGGUCUAACAUGGCCACGAUGCCUGCACUACCAGACACCCAAGAAACCAUAAAAGAGGAGAUUCGACGGCAGGAAUUCCUUCUGAAUUGUUUGCAUCGAGACCUUCAGGCGGGAAUAAAGGAUCUGUCUAAAGAAGAGCGACUGUGGGAAGUUCAAAGGAUUCUGACGGCACUUAAAAGGAAGCUGAGAGAAGCUAAAAGGCAGGACUGUGAAACUAAGAUUGCUCAAGAAAUUGCCAGUCUUUCCAAGGAAGACGUUUCCAAAGAAGAAAUGACUGAAAAUGAAGAAGAGGUUCUUAAUAUACUACUCGCCCAGGAAAAUGAGAUCCUAACAGAACAGGAAGAACUUGUAGCGAUGGAGCAAUAUCUUAGGCGUCAGAUUGCUACAGAGAAGGAAGAAAUAGACCGUCUUAGAGCAGAAAUUUCUGAAAUACAAAGCCGCCAGCAGCAUGGCCGGAGUGAAACUGAAGAGUAUUCCUCAGACAGUGAGAGUGAAAGUGAGGAUGAAGAGGAGCUGCAAAUUAUUUUAGAAGACCUGCAGAGGCAGAAUGAAGAGCUGGAGAUCAAGAACAACCAUUUGAACCAGGCAAUUCAUGAGGAGAGAGAGGCCAUCAUUGAGCUGCGUGUGCAGCUUCGGCUAUUACAGAUGCAGCGCGUGAAAUCGGAGCAGCUGCAGGAGGAAGAGGAGCCGGGGAAGCCGGGCGCCCGACCACAGCUGCAGAAAGACGCUUCUGUGGAGACAAAGGCAGCAAAAGAGCAGCCAAAGCCAUUAAAGGAGCAAGUGAGACCGUCGCCAAUCAAAGACUGGAAAGAAACGCUCAUCUGAGAAUGAAAACCCCACGUAGAGGCACUUCAUCCUACUAACUUUUUAGUCCAUUACUGUGCUUUGCAACGUAUGCCCUCCUGACGGGGAGUGUCUCGCACUUCUCAUAGUUCACUCCUUUGGUGGUUCUGGUUUAACAUGGUCGCUAAAUGAAAUAUGUAACAUUUGUUUUAUAAAACUAGUAGGGGAAGAAGAA